GUCGGAUCCAGGCGCCGCGGUACAUCGGGCAGCAAGUGGCGACGGAGAGCGUGGUCAGCGAAGGACACACAAAGAUCCUGCAGUGCCAGGCGUUAGGUUACCCCCAGCCGGAGUACAGGUGGCUCCGGGAUGGCAGUCCCCUGGGCGAGUUCUCCGGCGAGCACUUCUACAAGAUUUCGUCCGUGACUCGCGACGACGCCGGCGACUACCGCUGCGUGGCGCGAAAUUCGGCCGGCUCCAUCUUCUCGGCCAAAAUAACCGUGGUCGUCGCCUACAUGAACGGCUACAACGAGACGGAGAGCACGGAGAUGCGCGUGCGGGUGGGCGACGCGGCCAUCCUGUCGCUGCCGCCCCUCGAGUCGUACCCUCCUCCGUCGGUCACGUGGCAGGCCGACGACAACUCCCUCCUGUACGGCAUCAAGUACGCCACGACCGACCCGGCGAACGAGCUCAUUAUCCUCGAAACGCAGGCGUCGGACAUGAAGACGUACAGCGCACGAAUUACGAACACGCAGCUGGGCGUGGAAGAGGUGAGCGGAGGGAUCACCCUCGUGGUGGAAGGGAGCAGCGGGGGCGGCGCGGAGGAAGAGAUCUCACCGAGCAUCAUAGUUCCUCCGGCCAACACCACCAUCGUCAAGGACUCCAGCAUUGCCCAUUUGCAGUGCAUUGCUAACGCCAGACCGCUUUAUCAGCUGGAGACCUUGUGGUUCAAAGAUGACGUUCCUAUUGAGCAGUCUGGAGUUGUCUUCUCCUUCAACGGCCUUUGGAACCGCACCCUGAGUCUCCUCCAAGCAGACCUGCACUAUGCUGGGGUCUACAAGUGCCAAGUGCGCCUCAGGACCAGCAUUGAUAGUCCUAUUGUGGCAGAAGCAAAUGUCAUUAUUCAUGAGAGACCAAAAUUAAAGCAGCAACUUCCAGUGGACACGUAUGCUGAUUUGGGGAAGACCCUAACGAUUCCAUGCUCGGUAACAGGCACACCUAUCCCCUAUGUUACCUGGUACAGGAAUGCAGCGAAUAUUAACACUUUAGAUGACAAUAGGUACCGAGUACUUCUCAAUGGCUCAUUAGCAAUAUCAUCAGUUCAAGUGAAUGACACAGGAAUGUUCCAGUGUCUAGCUUCUAAUGAGGCUGGAGAAGCUUCAGCCUAUACAUGGCUGAAGGUCAAGACGUGGUGGGGCGACCUUCCUCCUAAGCGUGUACUCAGGUCCCUUAAUGCAAGGGCCAUUGCUCGCUAUCCUUCUGCUCCUGUCAUGCUCGUAGAACCUCAGAACAUGACGGUCUUAGAUGGGCAGGAUGCCACGAUGACCUGUCGUGCAGGAGGGGCUCCAACACCCAACAUCACCUGGUUCUUUAAUGAUAAUGAUGAAUUAUUUGAAAAUGGACACUAUGAAAUCCUUGCUUCUGGGGAUCUUCUCAUCGUUGGAGUUCGCACAUCGGAUGAAGGAAAAUAUACGUGUAUGCGUGCUAAUGAAGCUGGCUCUGUAUCAGGGGAUGCUUGGCUGUCCAUUUUAGUCAAAACCCACAUAAUACAACCUCCUGUUGAUACACGAGUCAUUCUUGGGCGAGUCGCAUCCUUGCAGUGUAAAGUGUCUCAUGCUCCUUCAGUGUCAGUUGAUAUUCAUUGGUAUCAUGAAAAGAAUCACAUUGACCCAAAUGGGACUCCAAGAAUCAGCAUUCGCCAAGAUGGAACACUGGAGAUCCAAGAGGCUCGGGCGGCUGAUGUCGGCCAGUAUACUUGCAUGGUGCGAUCUUCUGGUGGAAAUGAAACACGUUCUGCCCGACUGGAAGUGAUUGAACUGCCAUAUGCCCCAACCAGUGUAAAGGCUGAGCGUGCGCCACGGAUACCAAAGUCUGUAAGAGUGUCCUGGACUCCGACUUUUGAUGGAAAUAGCCCCAUCAUAAAGUUCAUUAUUCAGAAGAGAGAAGUGCCAGUGGAAGGUGUAGUAGAUGACUUAGGACUGAAUUGGGUAACAGUUUUGACAAAUGUGAGUGCAGCCACGAAUGAAGCUAUUGUGAGUGAUCUACGUCCGUCUACGGGAUAUCAGUUCAGGGUUUCAGCUGUGAACAAUGUUGGCGAGGGGUCCCCAUCUCAGCCAAGCAACACAGUCAUUUUGCCACAAGAGGCUCCCUCUGGCCCACCUCAAGGACUGGUUGGGUCGCCUAGAUCAUCCACGGAAAUCAUGAUCCAGUGGGAAGCUCCCAUGGAGGAGGAACGGAAUGGCAUGAUCCAUGGCUACAUGGUGCGCUACAGACUCUGGGGCUACAAGGACUCCCAGUGGUAUUACAGGAACAUCACAAAAGAGACGCAACAUAACUAUCUGAUUGGAGGCCUCAUCAUAUGGAAAGACUACGAGAUCCAAGUGGCUGCCUACAAUGUCAAAGGAGUUGGAGUCUACUCUCAUGGCAUUCGUGUGAAAACUAAAGAAGGCGUUCCUGCUGCACCUCCAAAAGAUGUGAAGGUUGAGGCACUUAGCUCGACUACGAUUAAAGUUAUGUGGAAGCCUCCGGAUCCUUGGAUGAUUAAUGGAAUUAAUCAAGGAUACAAGUUGCAGGCGUGGAAGGUCCAACCAGAAGAUGGUGUUGAGCCUGAUAAGACAACGACAGUGCCGCCAAGUCCAUAUCCUGAUGCUGUAGAGUCUGCCCAGCUUGUUAAUCUUGAUAAAUACACUGAAUACUACAUCACUGUCUUGUGCUUCACCCAUCCUGGGGAUGGCAACAGAUCUCAGCCCAUAAAAAUCAGAACUCUUGAAGAUGUGCCGGAUACAAUAGAGAGCUUGAAGUUUGAAGAUAUCAGUGACCGUUCUGUGCGAGUUAUUUGGUCUGAACCCAAGCAGAGUAAUGGCAUCUUGAAAGGCUACACAUUAACUUAUAUGGUGAAGGACACACCAAGUACAAAAGUCAUUCAGAACUUCACUGCAGAUGUCACAACCCACCUGAUAACAGAUCUGUCUGCAACCACUUUUUACACCUUUGAGGUCUAUGGAUGGACCUCAGUUGGACCUGGAACACCAGUGACUGCAACCAUUCAGUCUGGCGUUGAGCCAGUGCUCCCAGAUCCACCUAAUCGACUCGCUGUUUCCAAUAUCCAGGCAUUCUCUGUUGUGCUUCAGUUCACUCCUGGUUUUGAUGGCAAUGCUUCAAUAUCCAAGUGGACAGUCCAGGCUCAGUCAUCUCGUAGCAGCACAUGGGAAACAGUCUAUAGUGUGUCUGCCCCAGAUGCCACCACAAUCACUGUGCAGAACCUUAUUCCCUACACCAAUUACCAUUUGAGGCUUAUUGCCAAUAAUGUGGUUGGAGCUUCAGCACCCUCUGAACAGUCACCAGAAUUUCAGACUCUGCAGGCAGAACCAGCUCACCCACCAUCAAACAUGACUGUUCGAGCGAUGUCAUCCACGCAGUUGCGAGUACGAUGGAUUCCUUUACAACAAUUCGAAUGGUAUGGAGCACCCCAGGGAUAUCAUAUCCGCUACAGACCCGUUGGCUGUGAAUGUGACUUUGCAGAAGACUUUGUGUAUGAUAACACUGCCAAUUCCCAUCAGUUAGUUGGCUUGCAGGAAUACACUCUGUAUGAGGUCUCCAUGGUGGCUGUCAAUGACAUUGGUCCCUCCACUCCAACACCUCUAGCUGUUGAAAGAACUAGGGAAUCAGUUCCAAGUGCAGGGCCAGAUGGUGUCAGUGCCAAUGCCACUACAUCGACGACCAUUGUUGUAAGAUGGAAGGAAGUGCCAAAAAUCCAUCAGAAUGGUAUAAUUGAGGGAUACAAAGUAGUUUAUGUUGGAAAGAACAUGAAGCCUCAGGAAAAGAUUAUCCCUAACAACAACACCUUUGCUGCAACCAUUACCCAGCUUCGAAAGUAUUACCAGUACACCAUUCAGGUCUUGGCCUACACUAGAAAGGGGGAUGGAGCUCUGUCAACUCCUCCCCUGCUUGUCCAGACCCAUGAUGAUGUUCCCGGACCACCGUCGGACAUCUCCUUCCCAGAUGUGACUUUCACUUCUGCACGGAUAAUCUGGGAUGAACCAAUAGAGCCUAAUGGAGAAAUUACGGCAUAUUCUAUUGUGUACCACCUUGCAGAUAGCACUGAUGUGAACAAUACGUUGGAGUUUGGUCACACAGAAAGGACUUACAAGGCUAUUGGAUUAAAACCACAGAGUUAUUAUAUGUUCUUGGUUAGAGCGCGCACCCGACUAGGUUUAGGCAGAGCUGUGAGGGCACCUGUUUACACCACCAACAACAGAGAGUUCCCUGCCCCCCCAUCGAGGCCAUCUGUGUCUCAUUCCCAAAUUACUUCUACAUCUAUCACUUUCUCGUGGAACCCAGGCAGAGAUGGCUUUGCUCCCAUCAGGUAUUACACAGUACAAUACACAGAAGGAAACAAUGGUUGGCAAACCAUAGAAGAGAGAAUAGAUUAUUCAGCAACCAGCUACACUGCCCAGAACUUGAAACCUUUUACUCCCUACACAUUUAGACUCCAAGCAACUAAUGACAUAGGGCCAAGUGGCUGGAGUGACAGCAGUAUUGAGGUCAGGACGCUGCCAGCUGCACCCACAGAACAUCCUACUGAUAUCAAGGUCAUCCCAAUAACAACUAACAGUGUACGAGUGGAAUGGACACCCCUUUUCCCAGACUCCUGGAGUGGUGAUGCAAAAACUGGAGGGUACAGGGUCAAAUAUCGGAAAAUAUCUGAUAUACCCACAGCCUUUAAUAUGCAGCAUGAAGAGUUACAGGAUACCCUAGCAAGGGAAGUUGUAUUACAAGAUCUCCAGCGUGAUAUGAAUUAUGAAGUGUUAGUAGUAGCUUUCAACAGCCAGGGAGAAUCUCCACCAUCUGCUCCAAUCACAGUAUAUGUUGGGGAGGCUGUUCCUACAGGGAAGCCCAAAAACGUGAAUGCUGAACCUGUUACUUCAACAGAAAUAAAAGUAACAUGGGAACCACCAGAGGAACAAGAACAGAAUGGAGAGCUGCUAGGAUACAAGAUAUUCUUCCGAAGUGAGAAAGACCCAGAAGGAACAGAAGAGAUUGAAGUAGUAGGAGCUGGAACCACUAGCUAUGAACUCCUGUACUUGGACAUGUACACGAGAUACAUCAUCACCAUCCUCUGCUUCAACCCAGCUGGCGACGGACCAAAGUCAGACCCAGUUUACGUGAGGACGCUGCAGGAUCUACCUGGUCCUGUUGCCAACCUCAGUUUCACAGACAUCACCAUGAAUAGCCUGAAAGUGGUUUGGGAUUCCCCUGCAAGACCUAACGGGGAGAUUGUAGGAUACCUUGUUACUUAUGUGACAGCCAGGCCAGAUGAGAACUUUAGUAAACAAGUGAAACAGAAGGUUGGAACUCCAUAUUUACUGGUUACAUCACUGGAAGAAGAGGUCACCUAUGAAUUCAAUGUUAAAGCACAAACUAUAGAUUAUGGGCCAGAGGUAAAGGCCAAUGUGACCACUGGGCCACAGCCGGGAUCACCAGCCAGGCCAAAGGACCUGACACUCACUAAGACUGUAUCAAGUGUGACGCUGCAUUGGCGCAACAGCCACUCAGGGAAAGGCUCUAUUCUCGGCUAUUACAUUGAAGCAAAGAAAAUAGCCGGCUUAGAAUGGCAGAUGUACUCUGACAAAUGGUCAGUUCUAAUGAAAACGGAGACAGGUGAGGUUGAAGAAUACACCGUUUCUUAUCAGAACUUGCUGCCAUCCACUCAGUAUGAGUUCCGACUCAUUGCAUACAAUAAGUAUGGAAUCUCAUAUCCAGCUGUUGCUAAUGAGAAGAUUGUGACACCAUCAAAACGCUUUUUGGAGUAUGGAUACUUGCAGCAGCGACCCUUCUACCAUCAAACAUGGUUUAUGGUUACACUGGCUGCAAUCUCUGUGGUCUUGAUCAUCAUUGUGAUUGCAGCUCUCUGUGUUAAAAGUAAAACUUACAAAUACAAACGUAUUGUAGAGGAAUUGUUGUCAGCACAAGAAGCAGCCAACAAGACAAUGGAGGAAUCUCUAAAUACAGAUGAGACUGCCUUCUCCACUUUUGAGAUGAGGCAGUCUCGGCGAGGUACCAUGAGUAAAAGAAGCACGCUGGGUCGCAGGUCUGUAGUUGGAGCCACUGCUGUUGUUAAUGCCAAGUCUCCACCCCGUCCAGCUCCUGCCUCUGUCACUUACUCAGAUGAUGAUACUGUGAAAGGAUAUGAUGAGAAUCCAGAUGAUUCCAGUGAAUUAACAGAAAAGCCGACAGAUUUGUCUUCUACUGCAUCUGAGCAGGAGUCAGAGAGUGAGAAUGAAAGUCACCAUUCAGAGCCACACUCCUUUGUCAACCACUAUGCCAAUGUGAAUGACACUUUGCGCCAGUCAUGGAGAAGACAGAAACCUGUGCGCAAUUACUCAAGUUACACAGACUCAGAGGCAGAGGGCAGUGCAGUGAUGAGUCUCAACGGAGGCCAGAUCAUUAUGAACAACAUGGCAGGCUCCAGAGCUCCCUUGCCUGGCUUCUCUUCUUUUGUAUAGUCAAAGCACUAUCUAGAUACUUUUCAAAUAAUCUGUAAUUAGACGGAAAAAAGACAGUAUCAAUUUUAAGUCCAGUAUAAAUGUGAUAAGAAGCGUAUGGCUCCCCAGACGGAUCAAACUCCACAAAGCUGGCUCAGGUGACCCUAAUGGAAAGGUUGCUGCCUGUGAGUCUCCCUAAUGUUUACUUGUCAGAUGGACACUGGUCCCCAUUGUCUGUGAUAUGUAUAGCAUUAUUGUAAAUAUUAGGCUAGUUUUCAUCCUCAUGAAUUGUGGAAAUCACAAUUAUGGUGACUGAAGGAUGUAUGGGAAACAAUAAUCCUUCUGCACAUUUUGUUGUUUCACAUGCAAAUUUCUUUUUUAAAAGAUAAUAUUUGUUAUGACUGAUUUGGUGCCGAAAUAAUUGUAAGCAAAGUUGCAAUGCAGAAUUGGGAAUUUGUGCAUAAUGCAACUGCUUCCUCCUCUUUGGACUGUAAUUAGAUUUUUUUUUCUGUUCACAAGUAGAUCACUGAUACAUAGUCCAUCUAGUUCAUCAUGUGCCAAGUAGGGUAGAAAAAUCUCUUCUUUAACUGUAUGAUUUGUAAUUUAUGAAAAUGAAGUGUGAAGACAUUAAGCUUUUACAACUAUUUAUUUCUUAAAGUGGUUUUGCAUUCAGAUAUGAUGUGAGAUGAUGCACCAGGUUCGUUUUCUUUUGUAACUGAUUAUAUUUUUAUGCCAAAGCUUGGAGCAUUCAGUAAUCUAGUGAUGUAUACAUGCAAUUGAACAGUAUUCUUAUGCAUUUAAUGUAACCAAUGUUUUUCAUAUUUUCCAUUUAGCUGGUAUCUGCAUUAUUCACUUUUAAUACAGUGACACAUAUUUAUUAAUAUUUCAUCUGUAACUAGUGCAUAAUUAAAUCUUGUAGCUGGAUCUGAGUAAAACACAACAGUUCAAAUACCAAUUUCCCUGUAAUUUGGAGAGAAAGAACGAGCUCAGUGUUUAAGCUGUAGCCAGAACAAAUGUGGACGGAAUGCUUAGUGCAUAAUUUGGUCUCAAAGUGAGUGUGUCAGAUUCAAGUGCUAAUGAAAAAGGAUGUAAUUUGGGGAAACUGUAUCUGCAGCUGGUGUUAAUAAGUUUGGUAUGAAUCUUUUUUGUAAACUACAAUUGUUGUAUUUACAUGGUUCUGCAGUGAGAAGUGGGAGUGGAUAGCAUCCACUGUAUUUUCUUUGCUGUAUGAAAACUUAUUUUUAAGAAAUUUUAUUGAGGCAAGCUUACAAAAUGAGGUUUUGGUGUUAAGUAAUGCUCAAAUAUUUCAGUGAUUUUCCUUUUUAUAUAUUUUGUAUAGAAAUGCUCCAAAAAUGAUAUAUACAUUCUUGCACAAAAUUCCAGUGCACAAUACAACCCAAAAGAUGCUUCUCUUUAUUAAUUUCACCAAUUUAUAUUUCCAAUGUUGUCAUCAACUUGUGUUUUUUGUUAUAAUGCAGUAUUGAAAAAAAUAUGAUAUUUGUUGCUGACCUUUCAAAAAUUUUACAUGAAAGUUCUCCAUGGUUUUAAUAUUAAUUUUUAUGUCACAUACUUAUGUUCAUGAAAUCAAGGAAGAGAAUAUAUAUAUUGGUAUUUUUAAAGAAAAAAAAACAUAGUCCCCUUUGUACAGUACAAGGACAUGAAAAUAGGGAUUUGUCUACUGUGUUGCCAAGCACAUUGUACUUAGAGUAAAAAGUAUGUUCCAUGCAUUUUGUCACAGAAUAAGGGUGUGAAGUUGUCUGAAAAUGUCCUGUCACAAUUUGUGUUUUCCAGUACAAUGCAUUUUGUAAAUAUAUUCAUAUUGUGAAUUUCAUAAUAAAUUUUAUGAGUAAU